UCGAAUUGAUCGAUCGAUCGACCCGUUCUAUAUAACAUAACCUAUAAUAAGUAUAUUAGUCUUGUUCAAUUUUAAAUUAUACCAGAGUUAUAAAAAUGAGCGAUUUGUCGGAUUAUUCGAGUACAAAAGCUGGAGAUUCUGAACUACAGGAUUUUCUUAUGGUUGAAAAGCAAAAAGCACAGUUUCAUGCCCAAAUACACGAGUUUAAUGACUUUUGCUGGGACAAAUGUGUGGAUAAACCGGGAUCCAAACUAGAUUCCCGCACAGAAACUUGCAUCAGUAAUUGUGUUGAGAGAUUCAUUGAUGUUUCACUUCUUGUUACAAAUAGAUUUGCACAAAUGCUAGAGAAAGGAGGAGGUAUGCAUUGAUUAUAUUUAAGGUAUACAUACAUCAAUUGUUUAGUUUAGCAAGAUAUUUGUCUAUGUGAACUUUGUUCUAAGUCAUUGCAUUUUACUAGUGUUGAAAAUGUUAUAAAUAAAGAAUAAGUACUUUUA